AGUUUUAUUAGAAGUCUAUUUUGCCGCCGGAGAUAGAGGUUUCGAUAAAUUUAUACUAUUUUGGGGAAUCCGGCGAGAGGAAAGAGAUGGUAACGUCACCGGUGGUCAACACGUAUCCACUCUCCAGCUACACCUUUGGCACCAAAGAACCCAAGAUGGAGAAGGACACCUCCGUCGCCGAUCGCCUUGCUCGCAUGAAAGUCAAUUAUAUGAAAGAGGGCAUGAGGACAAGCGUUGAAGCAAUUUUAUUGGUCCAAGAACAUAAUCAUCCUCAUAUUCUUCUUCUGCAAAUUGGGAAUACUUUUUGCAAACUUCCUGGUGGGCGACUGAAGCCCGGAGAAAAUGAGAUUGAGGGCUUGAAGAGGAAGCUGACGAGCAAGCUUGGAGCUAAUUCACCUGCUCUUGUGCCAGACUGGCAGAUCGGUGAGGCCGUGGCCAUCUGGUGGAGGCCCAAUUUUGAGACGAUGAUGUAUCCAUAUUGCCCUCCCCACAUCACAAAACCCAAGGAGUGCAAGAAGCUCUUCCUCGUUCACUUGUCUGAGAAAGAGUACUUUGCAGUACCGAAGAAUUUGAAAUUACUUGCUGUACCGUUGUUUGAGCUCUAUGAUAAUGUGCAGAGAUAUGGGCCAGUCAUAUCAACCAUUCCCCAGCAGCUUUCUAGAUUCCAAUUCAAUAUGAUCAGUACAUGAUCUUGGCAUGGGAUGUAAAAAAUUGCGAAUCUUUCUGCUUGCUUUCUGGCUGCUACAUGGGAAGAUAUCGGUUUGGGUUCAAGAGCUAUAGCCUGUACGUGACAGUAUAUAACGAGACUUCUGCAUUACUUUUUCUUUAUGGUUCAUUGAGACUUUUACAUUACUUAUGUUUCAUAAGUUGAUUGACUGAGAAUAUAACGUAUGGUAAACUCACGUACUUUGUUUA